AUGCACUUCAACAUCCUACCCAUAUUGGUCGGGAUCGCGGUUCCCCAAAUUGCCUCUGCAAUUACCCCAGGCCCCCUUUCAACUUCUGGGCGUUGGGUAGUCGACGCUAACGGACAGAAUGUGACUUUCGCAGGUGUCAACUGGCCAGGUGCUUCAGAAGCCAUGUUACCAGAAGGCUUGCAGUAUCAGUCCAUUGACCAUAUUAUCGGCAAGAUCAAAACACUGGGGAUGAACGUCAUCCGCCUCACCUUUGCCAUCGAGAUGAUCGACGAUAUCUUGGAGACGGGGCAGGAUGUCUCUAUCAAAGACUCACUUGUGAAGGCGCUUGGGGAGAAGAAUGGAACGAAAGUCUUUAGCGAUAUUGUGCAGCAUAAUCCACAGUUUGGUGUCAAUACCACGAGGUUACAAGUGUUUGACGCAGUCGCAAACGAAUCACACCGACAAGGGGUCUAUGUGCACUUGGACAACCACAUCUCGAAAGCCAUGUGGUGCUGUUCAGGGACCGACGGAAACACCUGGUUUGGAGACAAGUAUUUCGAUGUGGCGAAAUGGCAUCGCGGGUGGCAGUAUAUGGCUGAACAUGUCAAAUCUCUGCCCGCCGUGAAAAGCGUCGGGAUGCGAAAUGAACUACGUAAAGCCGAAGAUAAUCCGACCUUGAUCAAUAGGACCUACAAUUGGCAGUACUGGUACCGCCAUAUGGUGGAUAAUGCCAACCAGAUACAUGCGGCCAAUCCUAAUGUCUUGAUUUACUUUUCGGGCCUCGACUAUGACACAAAGCUCAGCCCGAUACCUACCGGUAUGGACCUGGGAAACGGCACUGCAUUUCGUAAGCAUGACUUCAAAUACGCUAAUAAGAUUGUGCUCGAGCUGCAUAACUAUGAACGCACAGCGACGAGCUGUGAGAACCUCAAGUCUAGUUUAUGGAAUGCCGGUUUCAAUGCCCUGGACGCCCAGAACUCGAGCAUUGUGAAUAUCAUGCCGGUUCAGAUGACGGAAUUCGGUUUCCCACAGGACAACACCACAUAUACGGAUGUGUAUGCCUCCUGUCUGAGGGAAUGGUUGCCCAGUUUACAGGCCGGAUGGAUGGUUUGGGUGAUUGCGGGAAGCUAUUAUAUCCGGAAAGGGAUUCAGGAUGAUGACGAGCAAUGGGGACUUCUUGACCAUUCUUGGUCGGAUUGGCGGUCAACCGACGCCGUCACAAACGGCUUGAUACCCAUGGUGCAGGCAACGCUGGGAUAG